AUGGAGGAUGUUCUUACACAAAUUGAUGAUCCGAAUGUAAUUCUUGAAACAAUUACUAGCCAGAAAACCUAUUUAAGUGUUAAACGCCUGGAGAAAACUGUUGAAGAGUCUCCUCCUAAAAAGCAACUGAAGACUAAAGUACCAGAUUUGGAUAGAUCAUACAAAAACUAUAGCGACUUUACCAGAGAGACGUUUAUAGAUCGUAUGAUUGAAAAGCCUGAAGAACGUGGGUUGGUGACUAAGGUUGCAAAUGACCUAAAUAUCAAUUAUUGCACUGCGUUAAGAUGGUGGAAUAGCUAUAAAGAAACAGAGGAGAUUCCAUAUAAGAAAUCCGAAGAAAACAGUGGCCCUAAAAGCUCGUUCACUGCUAAACAUAACGAGUAUCUACAGGGUCUAUUGGAUAACGAUCCUCAACUAUUUUCGGAUGAUAUUAUGAAGAGCUUGACUGAACAAUUUGAAGACUUCACUAUCUCUAAGUCGCAACUAAAUAAUCAUUUACGUAAUACAAUGCUUAUCACUAUCAAGAAACCAUUGUUUGAGCCUGAAAUAAGAAAUUCACCAGAAAACAGGGAGACAAGAUUUGAGUGGUUUAUGAAAUGUGUUGUGAUUGUAGUAGCCUUUAUAAUUAAAGCUGACAUAUUCACUGUGAAUUAA